AUGCGCCCACUGAAAGAAGAAGAGUUCCAGAAAAUAGAGGGCAAGCUGCGGCAGUACAUGGGCAACAAUUUGGGCUCAUUUCUCAAUCCUGUGAACGAGUUGGUAUACCACGACCAGAGAGUCUAUUACGCAAGGAAGGAUCUGAUCAAAAAGGCAAGCAUGCUUGCACGGGAGAGCAUUAUGUGCAUAGGAACGUGCAUGGGGAGGUUCACAAAAACCGGAAGCUUCAGGAUCAAGAUCACCGCCCUGCACAUGCUUAUGACGUAUGCGAGCGCAAAAGUGAAGGUAAAGCAGACUUCUGAAAUGAACGUCCUCUACGGAAACCACGUCCAGAGAGCGCACCUGUGCAAUGUGGCUCCAGACAUAAAAAAGAACGCAGGCGUGGUCCUUACGACGUCUUCAAGCGUCCCCAUCGGGUUUGGGCUCAUGACAAAGUCUGCGAGCGAAAUCGUGGCUGGAGACAGAACAGCCAUUGUCGUGGUCCGGCACGGGGAUACUGGAGAGUACCUGCGAGACGAAAGUGCCCUCAUGUAG